AUGCUCACUCCUUACUUCACAAUCAAUCAAGAUGACGAGUUCAUAUAUGUUGACGUAAAGAUCUCACAUGUCAGAUUCAGUGCCCCUAAUAUUGAAAUGACCGUUGACAAUGACAUGUUCAGGUUUUCACUUCCACCUUAUUACUUGCGAUUGCGUUUCCCUUGUCCUUGUGUGGAUGAUGAGAGGUCUCAUGCUGAAUAUGACUCCAAAUCUGAAUGUGUCAAGAUUAAAAUACCGAAGGAGAACAAAGGACAAUUCUUUCCUGAUCUAGAUUUGACGGCAAAGUUGCUUGCAAGAACGAAUGAAAACAAAGUGGGGGAGCAAAAGGAAAGGAAACCAUUGAUAGAAGAAAUGGAUGUCAAUAAUGAGGUGAGUAAUGAUCAAGCUGAGAAGGACUUGCAAGAAGGAGAGGAUUUUAACUGGGAGAUUAAGCAAGAUAUGCCUCCAAGCUUGGAACCACUUGGCACGGAAGAAAGUUUGAAAUUAAGCGCAGUUAAAUAUGGCUUUAACAACCAAUACGAUGGAAUCGUCGGUGUGAGUGUUUCCAAUGGUAAUGAUAUCAAUGGGCUAGGUGACCCUGAAUCCACACUGGAAAAUGAUCGUAUUAUUGAAAGACUAAUAAAGGAGAAUAUUCAAUUCGAUCCAGAAAUCUAUGCCGCUGACUACAUAAUGGAAAAGCAUCCGACUCCAGAUGACGACAAGAAUUUCAAACAAUUGCUUGAGUGGACUAACCCCAAAGUUCAAAAAUUUCUCAAAUGGUACAAGUCACAGCAGCUGUUGAAUGAGGAGGAAAAAGUUGCAGUCAUGCCAAUCGAAUUUACCAAGGAAGAACAAGAAAUAAUGUUGCGUCUACCCAGAAGAUCCUACCUACUAGAUGACCAAUAUAAACUAGAAGUGUUGGUGACCAUUAUUUGUCUUCUAUUCGCGUACGAGCUUGACCUCAGGGAGAAUGAAGGGGAGCACAAUGUUGAAAGUGCAUGGACAAUUGGGAAAAUUGCUCCUCAGUUUGCCUUUUUGGACACGAAACUAGUUGUUGACAAGUCGGAAAACUUGUUAAGAUCUGCAACAAUAACUUGUGAUCGAAGAGCGCUAACGUACCCACUUCAUCGAAGUUUUGCAUUGUGUGAAAAAGUUUGGAGUGACGUAUACUAUAUUUUACGUGGAGGAAAAAGGCUUGUUCUUCAGGCUUUAUUAGAUUUGAAAGAGUUGUUCCGGUUUCACGACGUAUAUUAUGUUUAUGAUAAGAUUUGGUUGGAAGAUUUGUGUGCCUAUUUGAUCAGUGAUAAUGUCACUGAAGGACAGCUUAGGAAACUUGCGCAUGGUUUGAAGAAAACUGUUGAGAACGUGACCAAAUCUGAUAUCACUUUUGAGAAAGCGGACGAGGACGCGGAAAUGGGUGACGAUGAAGAUGGUAACCAAAAUGGCAACGAUGAGAUGGUUGCUCUAUCUUUGGAAGAUAUUGACAAAAUGGCGGAGGCGGUGUACGAUAAUAUAGACCAAGAAACCUAA